AUGGCGGCGGUACCCGCGGUGAGGUUCCCGUUGUUCGGCCUCGUACGGCUGCUUGGCGUGGCCGCGGCAGCGGUCAUCCUCGUCUGGGCCGUCCACUUCCGCGGCGGUAUGGCGCUCUCCGCCGAGAAAGACAAGCUCCUCAUCUUCAACGUACACCCUGUGCUAAUGCUGAUUGGAUUGGUAGUCCUGAAUGCUGAAGCUCUUUUGGCGUACAAGACAGUGCCAGGAACCAAGAAACUGAAGAAGUUAGUACACAUUACGUUGCAGUUCCUUGCCAUGUUUUUGAGUCUAGUUGGCCUCUGGGCUGUCUGGAAGUUCCACGAUGAAAAAGAAAUUGACCACUUGUACACACUCCACUCCUGGUUGGGCCUUUCUUGCAUCAUCAUCUUCAGCUUGCAGUGGGCUGCUGGAUUUUUGACCUUCUGGUACCCUGGAGGAUCUAGAAGCGACAGAGCGUCCCUGCUCCCCUGGCAUGUGUUCUUGGGUGUAUUUCUCUAUGUUCUUGCCAUCGCCACAAGCGUGACUGGACUUCUGGAGAAGUCAAUCUUCAUGCAGAGUGCAAAAAUGAUCGGGCGCUUCUCCACAGAAGCGAUGCUGAUGAACUCACUGGGGAUGAUGCUGAUACUACUAGGAGCUCUUGUUAUUCUUGCUAUUUUUAACCCUGGAGCUGGCAAGAUCAACACGGACCGAGGUUCUUCAGAGUGA